CUACUUGUCAAUAUCCUUUUCAAUUCAAAAUCUAACAAAAUUUGCCAGCUAUCUUCACAUCCAUUUACAUGCAAAGCUACCAUAAAUAUCAAUUACUCGAUCGCAGUCUUCUGCAAUCUCAGUUCCGAUUCAACCUACUGAGUCAUGUCCGUCACCCAAGAACCAACUCAGCCCCCUCAAUCCUCAUCAACUUGUACCCAUCUAGAAUCCGCCCCGGUCAUCAACUCUCGCUCCAAUAAACGAACCCGCCAAACCGACACCCCAUUCCGUGGCGUGCGCAAGCGGAGCUGGGGCCGUUACGUUUCGGAGAUACGGUUGCCGGGUCAAAAAACCCGGAUAUGGCUCGGGUCUUUCAGAUCCCCUGACAUGGCUGCUCGGGCUUACGACUCGGCUGCGUUUUUCCUCAAGGGAAACUCGGCCUCCCUGAAUUUCCCCAACUCCAUUGACUCACUUCCUCGACCACUCUCGUCUUCACGCCGCGACAUACAGUCGGCUGCGGCCCAAGCGGCUCUUGUUUCUGUCGGGUCGGAUCCUAAAAAUGAAUGGCGUGAGGGCAGAGAGAACACGACGUCGUUUAAAGAGGAUAGUGAAGUUGAUUACUUUCCGCCACUAAGUCCACUCACCUUUGACUCGGUGAGCGGGGAGUUGUGUCUUAUAAUGGAUGAUGACGAGAUUCGAUUAGCUUCCUAUUUUGAUUUGUAAGAAUAAGAUGUACAUAUAUAUAUAUAUAUAUUUAUAUA